AUGUCACAAGGAUACUUUGUUGUCUCGGUGAGACUAUUAGAAGACGAAAAAGUGGAGGAAAUUAACGUGCCGGAAGAUGCCUCUGGAAAAUGGCUUUUUGAAGAAAUCUGUUGUCAACAAGGAGUGAUGCAGGAACGUGAAUAUUUCGGCCUUCGUUAUCUGGAACAUGAAAUGCUUUCGUCUCCAACAAAGCGUUGGAUCGACCUUACGAGAAAUUUGUCAUCACAACUCAAGCACACUUAUCCUCGUCAAGUAAGCUUUCGUGUUAAGCAUUACCCCGCUGACCCGCUUGUUGAUUUGAGGUUACCUAAAUCCCACUACCUCCUCUAUCAUCAAUUGCGUCGCGAUUUAAUAAGUGGGAGAUUAGUUGUACAGACUGAUGUCCUAGUCCGACUUGCUGCACUUGUAGUUCAAGUGGAACUUGGAGACAUUUCAGCGCAGGAACCGCUUGAGACAUCCGUAAAGAAUGACAAACAUCAAUAUUUACGUGAAUUUCGUGUGCUGCACAAUCAGACUGAACGCCUUGAAUCGCUUAUCAUAAAAGAACAUGAAAAACUGGAGAAUUUUUUACCUUCUGAAGCUGCUAGUGAAUUGAUACACCUUGCCAGCAGUCUGGAUACAUAUGGUAUUGACCCGAUUCGUGUUAAGACUAAAGCUUAUGGCUCACGACACAUACACUUGGGUCUUACUCAUCAAGGUGUAGCUGAAUUUAUAGGCAACCGGCGCCAAAAGUUAUAUCCAUGGUCAGCUAUCUCUUGGAUGACUUGUAAUGGCAGAGAUUUUGUUGUUGCAACUUCAUAUCAACAUCCUGGACGAAAGAAAAAGACAACAACAACUAUUCAUUAUAAAUGCGAUAAUAAGUCUGUUGCACAAGCUUUAUGGGAAUGGGCAUCAGAUCGACAAUUGUUUUUCACUUUAGAUAAAUCUUCAUCUGUCAAACCGGUUAAAUCGAGGAAAACACUGUUCCAACGAACAAGAACCUUUACAUUUUCUGGUCGAUGUCGUCGUGAAGUUAUUGGAAGACCACUGUUAACCACUAGUUUACCCACUGAUAUAUGUGGAAUUUCUGUAGCUGAAGAAAAUCUUUCUUUUAGUAAUCCAACUUCAACUAAUGCAUAUAGUCUAAGUAUGGGUGCUCUAACAAAUGGUACUGGUCGUAGUAUGAAUACACAUAUUGAAAACAAUAUUGAAGAUGGCGAAUCAACUCAGACUGCUCCAGCUACUACAACUUCAGGAUUAUUAUCAAUAUCAUCAACAUCGUUAGGUUAUUCACGAGCUCCUGCAUUAUCAGAGCCUUCAGUAGCACGUAAUAUCACUAAUAAUUCAAUAGAGGAAAGUAUUGAAAAUCAAGUCAGUCCACACAAUCUCUCAGGUCCCUUUGUUGUUAAUUCAAGUCAAUUGGUUCCACUUUUUACUAAUCUACCUAAACAUCGUUUCAGUACAGAAGCUAAAAGAAGGCAACGUGAAAUUUUGAAGCAACAGUCGAAAUAUGGAUUAUAUCAACAAAAUCAUUCAGAUAUAUUCGAUACUGAUGAUGAAUGUGACAAUGAUGAUACAUCAUCAGAAGCUGCAGUGGAAGCUCUGAAUUCUGCUGCCGAAGCUGGAGAAGCAUGGUUAACCAAUGAGUUAGGACAGGAGGACAAAAAACGAAUAUCACUUUCACCUGCUAAAUCAUGGUUCAGUUUUUUCCAUUCAUCAAAUACUGAAAAAGAAGAUAAGCAAACCUCUUCUGUUCAAAGUGAAAAUACCCGUAACGCUAAUCAUUCAUCACUUCUGAAUCUAACAAAUAAUGACACUUCUGUUACAGAUAUUGGUUCUGAGUCUUCUACCGAACCAGUAUCUGUUUGGCGUUUUGCUGCUGUAUCUGCUGGUUUCAUGACAUGUGCUUCAAUUUUUGGUUUAGCACUUAUACUUGAAGCUGAAGUGCAUUCACCAAUCAUGGCAACAAUUCGUGGUCAUCCAUGGUUUUUAGACUUUGAUUCUCGUUUUUAUCGACCUAUGCGAUCUGCUCUUCUUGGUUUCUGGCGUCGUUAA